AUGCCGUCUAAACAAGAGCUUAAGGAAAAUCUGAUCAACUUUUUCAGUCGCCAGGAGGACCAGUCGGAGAAAGCCCGGAAUGAUGCUGACAUUUUCUGCGGCUUGUACAGUCAAUUCAUUGAAGAGCAACACUUCAUCGACUGGAACGCUUGGAAAUUCCUGGAUGCGAAACGCCAAGUAACGCUCAAAGAUCUUCCAACAUUUGAUGAGAAAAGAACCAAUAUUCUCAACAAACUCGCUGUCAUCAAGUUGAAUGGAGGGUUGGGUACUACCAUGGGGUGUACCAAGGCGAAAUCAUUAAUUGAAGUCCGAGAGGGAUAUUCGUUCAUGGAUUUGGCUGUUUUGGAGCACCAGAAAAUGUGCGAAACCUUCGGUGUAGAUACACCACUGUACCUCAUGAACUCAUUCUACACUGACGAUGACACUAAAGCGUAUCUCGCCGAAAAAGGAUACAACAAAGUGAAGACGUUUGUUCAGUCCAAAUGUCCAAGACUUGACGCUGGCACCAAUCUGCCAAUCGAAGAUGACACACAGCAAUGGGGAGAUGAUGCAUGGUGUCCACCAGGACAUGGAAAUAUUUUCCAAUCUCUUCAAAACACCGGCGUCCUUGACCAACUCAUCUCUGAGGGACGUGAAAUCAUUUUUGUCUCUAACAUCGACAACACCGGAGCCAACACAAGCUUUCAAAUUGUUCAACUCAUGAUUGACCAAAACGUGGACUACGUUAUGGAGUGCACCCAAAAGACCCAUGUUGAUGUCAAAGGGGGCACACUCAUUGAAAUAAACAACCAGAUGAUGCACCUGGAAAUGCCACAAGUUCCACCAGAGAAUCUUCCAGACUUUUGUUCAACUAAGGUUUUCAAAAUUUUCAACACUAACAACAUCUGGGUCAAUCUUAAUGCUGUUAAGAAACUUCUUCCUGACAUCAAAAGUGAAAUCAUCGUUAACAAAAAAAACGUCCGUGGGCGUGAAGUCCUCCAAUUGGAGUUUUCGAUCGGAGGAUGCAUCAAAAACUUUCCUAAUGCACUGUGUGUUCACGUUGAACGCAAUCGUUUCCGUCCUGUCAAAAACCUGGGAGAUCUGCUCUCACUUCGUUCUUCUCUCUGCGAUUUGGACCGUGAAACCUUCAAAAUCCAUCAUAACCACGAAAUGGGUGUCCCUCCAGUCAUCAGUUUGGACGCCUCUAUCUACACAAGUGUAGAUGAAGUGGACAAGCGAUUCCCUCACUCACUCAUCAUGAAACACUGCACAGAAUUCAAUGUGGUGGGUGAUGUACACUUCGGGAAGAAUAUUCAACUUACUGGAAUAGUCACCGUGGAGAGUAAGUCGGAGAAGCCUGCAACCGUUCCAGAUAACACUGUUCUCAAGGACGAAAACUUCAUUGCAAAGUGA